AUGAAUGUUGCUGGUCUUACAUCACCGACAUUCUUUAUAAAGGAUGUCAGACUACUGUUUGAUCUUGAAAAUAACAUUGAGGGCUUGUCAAUCUCAAACAACCUUGCAUAUAUAGUACUCGGCAACAGAAUUCACAGAUUCUCCUUGGAAAACCCUUCGAAUGUCGACACCGUUCAUCUUCCGAGACAAUAUUCGAGUCACAGGAUUACACAAUAUUGGGCACAUAUUAAUUCUUCACAUUUGAUAGUCCAACUUGAUUCUUUUAUUGUGCUAUACCUUCACUCCGCCUACACAAAGUUCAAGGUACUUUACAAACUCAAUGGCCUAGGAAUUCACAGACUCAAUUACUCCAAUGGAAGUGAAGACACAGAAAGUACAGAAUUUAUUGUCACAACCACUGACAACCGAGUAUAUGUCUGCUUUAUAAAAUCUCAUCAAGGCUCGAAAGCCGAAGGUAAACGCGACGAUAAACACGUCAAACAGGUAUUCAAAGCUGAUGAUAGAGUGUUGGGUGUGUGCAUCAGUAAUGUCGAGAACAGAAUCUAUCUUUUCGCCGGAUGCAAGAUCUUCUACUGGGAAAAGCAUACGAUGCACACGCAAUCUUUAUAUAUGGCAUUUCAGGCUGCUCCUCAUACACUCUAUCUAGCAGGAAACAUGCACGACUUCGAGAUUUUCAUUGAGUCUGGCUUUUAUUAUGCGAUAUCUCACGAUGGGAAGCUUAUCGAAACAAAUGAUGACGAGGCCAAGCUCGCAAGCGACUCUCCGUUGAUCAAUAGCCCAUUUGUCAAUAUCGACAGUCUAGUCACUACUAGCCACUACUAUGUUUUACUAAAAAAUGAGUCCUUACAAGUUCAGGAUAAGCUUCUUACACAGCCUUCGAAAAUUUUGCGUCACAAAUUUGAUCACCAUUUAAAGGGGAUCAGAAUUGAUCCGAUCUUUGGGACUAUUUGGAUGUACUCUGCCUCGUCUAUUCAUGAGUUAGUUUAUGAGAAUGAAAAUGCUUCAAUAUGGUAUGGAUACUAUAGUCUCGGAAGAUACGAUGACGCUCUUCGAUUAUUGGAACUGAGCUCUGACAAUCUUGAGACAAGUUACUACGCUGGUAUCGUCAAAGCAAAGAAAGGGUACGAAUCACUUCAGAGAGGAGGCUUCGGGUCACAGUUAUCCCUGGAAAAAGACUCUUCAGUCUUUCUAGACUUGCAGUACGAUGGCGUCAAGCUUCUCGCCAAACUGGGCGAGUCUUUUGAAAAGGUGUCAUUGAUGCUUCUUAAAUCCCAUCAUCAGCUAAGUGCGAAUAUAUGGAACCUUGAGCUUUUGAUAGCAUAUUUAAGCGAGAAAUUGAAGCGUGCCAUUCGAGAAAAACUGUCAGUCAAAAUUACGAUAAUCGCUUCGUGGGUAAUCUUUCUCUAUGCCAGGGCUGCCAUUCCUCGGGAAAAUGGCGGUGAAGGUGGUCGAUCUUUUCACGCUGAAAGUAGUGUUGGAAAGUUGCUUACAUUCAUUACCAGUUAUCAUGGAUAUUUAGAUGCACCAACCGUUUACGAAAUACUUUCUAAAAUGCAUUUUCAUAAAGCGAUGUUGCACUUUGCAACCCUUCGCGGCGAUUAUACUUAUGUGGUCGAAUACCACAUCGAGCGACAGGCCUGGGCGGAGGCAAACAAUGCGCUACUAGAAGCCAUCAAAUUCGAGUGCACUCUCGGAAAAAGUCUUGUUUACGAAACGUCUACAAUAUUACUACAGCGUUGCCCUCAACUUUGCGUUGAAACGUGGCUAAAGAUCAAGGAUCUCGAAUUUCAGAAGCUUCUUCCUGCGAUUGUAACAUACAACAAGAGAUUUGGCAAUCUGCCGGUGUCAGAAAAUGCCGCCUUAUAUUACAUGUCCAUAUUGAUUCACGAGAAGAGUUCGCGUGAUGCAUCAGUACUCAAUACAUACCUUUCAAUGUUAAUGCGACAUCCAGAUGGUGACAAUCUGAUGUCUACAAAGCCAUUAACGAAGGUGUUGAACCAUAUUCACGAAACAAAAGGAAAUGACGACUUGACAUAUGAUACAAAGAUGAUUCUAAGACUUGCUCUAGAUCACAAAAAGCUUUGGCCUGCAGUCAUGAUUAUGAUUCAUGAGAUGCGAUUGUAUGAAAGUUCUCUCAAGUUAGCGAUUGAUAACAAUGAUCUCAGUCUUGCGGAGUUUGUUUUACAGGCUUUUGAGGAUUCUUUACUCCAGGAUAAUGGUCGCAGUCUUGAGCAAACGACAGUAGUUAGAAGCCUCGACGGGGAUGACUCUACGAUUGAUCUCUCCGAAGAAUCACAUCAUUUAAGGAAGAGACUUUGGAUAUUAUUUGCCAAGUUUCUUUUGACAAGCCCCAGCGAGGCGUUCAAAUUAUCAUCCAACACCAUCUUUCAGCAGCAAAUUGACGCUUCAACAAUAUCCAUGAAAGAGAUUAUGCGGUACAUCUUAAGUCUUGCAAAAAAAAUCACUCACAUGAGGAGUCCUAUAGACGUCAAAUCGUUAUUGCAACUACUUCCUGAAUCUGUCGAGAUAUCUGAGCUUCGAGAAAUUGUGGUUAACUCAAUUGACAGCUACAAUGACAAUAUAAGUCUGCUUACGUUGGAAAUGAAAGAGCUGGCUCGAAUUUCCACCAAACUCAGAAAGCAAAUAGUGUCACAUCACGAAACAUCUCAUAAGGGCAACAUUGCAGUGUUAGUUGAGGCGGGAGAGGCAUGUUCUCUAUGCCACAGAUUGCUUCUCGAGAAGAGCAUUGUGGUCUUUCCGAAUUGUCAACAUGCAUUUCACAGAGACUGUGUCGCACGUUUCCACUUAAGACAACGGGGAGAGUACAAGUUCAGAGAGAUCUUGAAGAGAUUGCGGCAGUACAACCUUACGAGUGACAGAAAUGAGUUGGAUUCGAUAUUUAUUCGUCAAUGUGUUCUAUGUCAUGAUGCCAAUCUAGGGCUGAUCGACGAAGAAAUAAUUGAUCGUGACAACGACAGGGCCCAAUUAAACGAAUGGAGUCUUUGA